AUGUUAGAGUUUAGCUCGGAUCUGUGGACGAACAAAGAAAUCACUGAUGCGACGGAUCAACAGCUCAACGGUACAAUCAACUAUGCCAUAGGAGGGGCUAGUGGAAAGGUUCUUUCAUCAACCCUCGAGUUUGCUGGAUACUCUGUUCCCGACCAGUACUUUGUGUACGCGCCGGAUGGCAAAGUCUCAGCUGGCGACGGAGUCCUCGGUCUCGGCCCCGCACAGGACUCGCGCAUCCGCUCCCUGCGCAACACCUCUGCCGCAAACCCGCCCAUCGACCGCAUCUUCAGCUCAGACAACUCGACAGACAACUACAUCGCCGUGCUCCUCGGGCGGGGGGACGAAAUCUCUUCCUCGGACGCACCCGGCGAUGCCUCCACCGCCGCCUCGAGCCCUAAAUACCCCGGCGACCUCUCCAUUUGCUCGGUUCUGCCCAAAUACGCGUCCGUGCGCAACCAGCCCAAGCUGGACGUGACGCAAGUCCCGCGGCGGCUGAUCAACGGGCAGCACUGGCAGGUUCUACUCGACAGCGACGGGAUCAAGGGUACGGACGGGCAGCGGAUCGAGAUAUCGUCGCGCGUCGACGGCGCAGGCAAGGACCAGCCGGCAACGGUUAUAUUCGACACGGGGUACACGUUUCCGCAGGUACCCGAUGACGUCGCAGAGGCGCUGUACAAGAACGUGCCGGGUGCCAAGCUCGAGUACGUCGCUCCGUCCGCAGGGAAUGCGUGGUCGCUCCCGUGCGACGCUGAGCUGUCCGCUUCGUUCUUUUUUGGAGGGAUAGAGUACCCGAUUCACCCGCUGGACCUCAACUUCCAGGCGGAGGACGGGACCUGCUUUGGCGGGUUCCAACCUUACACCGUCGACCCAGCAAAAGUAGAUGGUGGGAUCGUCGGGUAUGAUAUGAUCCUCGGCAUGGCAUUCCUACGCAACGCAUACAUGCUCGUCGACUUCGGCUCCUACACAGACGUCGGCAACACGCCCGACGAAGGUGCCUCCUUCAUCCAGCUCCUCCCGCUCACAAACGCCACCGAGGCCACGGACGAGUUCAGACCCGAUGUAUUCGGAGCGGCAGUAUGA